GAUUCUAGUGCAGAAGCAGGCUAUCUCAAAUGAGCAUUAUGGAUUUCAGAAAGGCCCCCAAACUGGGAAGAUUUGGGAACUAUUACUCACAAUAGAAAAGAGAGAAGCAGUAAGUCAUCUGGAAUCCCAUAGAUUACUUCCCCAGUCUGAAUCAAUAAGCCUUCUGGCCUGUAAUAAGACCGGAGAUCUAUAUUGUCAUCCAUCCUUCUCUCUUCUGUCCUUACUUAUGCCUAUCACUGGACAGGCCUCUGGCAAGCAUGAACCUGGUCACUUCUGCACCAAUGGGCUACCAGGGACAGCGACCUUGCAAUUCACUUAAGAGAGAUCUAGAUGACAAGGAAGCUCUGGUUUCUGAACAUAAACAAAAAGAAAAGGGAAAUUUUCGUCGGUCCUCUGCUAUUUUUAAUGUUGUCAACUCAAUCAUAGGAUCAGGAAUAAUAGGGUUACCUUAUUCAAUGCGGCAAGCUGGUCUUCCUUUAGGGAUACUGCUUUUAUUGUGGGUCUCUUAUGUGACAGACUUUUCCCUUGUUUUAUUGAUAAAAGGAGGAGCCCUUUCUGGAACAGAUAGCUAUCAGUCUUUGGUUCAUAAAACAUUUGGCUUUUCAGGGUAUCUACUCCUCUCAUCUCUACAAUUUUUAUAUCCUUUCAUUGCUAUGAUUAGCUAUAACAUAAUAACAGGAGACACUCUAGGCAAAGUUUUUCAAAGAAUUCCUGGAGUUGAUCCUGAUAACUUUUUCAUCAGCCGACACUUCAUUAUUGGGCUCUCUACACUUGUCUUUUCCUUUCCUUUAUGCUUGUACCGGGAUAUAGCAAAGCUGGGAAAGGCAUCCCUUAUUUCUGCAGUUUUAACUGCAGUGAUCCUGAUAUUUGUAAUCAUUAGAGUAUUCACCCUCGGUCCAUAUAUAUCAAGAACAGAAGAUGCCUGGGUUUUUGCAAAACACAAUGCAAUUCAAGCAAUCGGCAUUAUGUCAUUUGCAUUCAUCUGCCACCAUAACAGCUUCUUAGUUUAUAGUUCCCUGGAGGAACCCACAGUGGCUAAAUGGUCUCAGGUCAUUCAUGUGUCAAUGGUGAUUUCUGUAUUUACCAGUGUGCUAUUUGCGACCUCUGGUUACUUGACAUUUACUGGCUACACACAAGGAGAUUUGUUUGAAAAUUAUUGCAUAAAUGAUGACCUAAUUAACUUUGGUCGAUUUUGUUAUGGAAUCACUGUCAUUUUGACUUAUCCAAUUGAAUGUUUUGUGACCAGAGAGGUAAUUGCCAAUGUUUUCUUUGGUGGGAAUCUUUCAAAAAUUUCCCAUGUUAUGGUGACAACACUCAUCAUUAUUAUAGUCACACUAGUGUCACUGCUGGUUGAUUGCUUUGGGAUCGUUCUGGAGUUCAAUGGUGUCCUCUGUGCAGCUCCACUUGUUUUUAUUAUCCCAUCGGCUUGUUAUCUGAAGCUCUCUGAAGAAAGAUGGAUCCACCCAGAUAAAAUUAUGUCCAGCGUGAUGCUUCUUAAUGGUGUGGUUGUAAUGAUAGUUGGAUUUGUCAUGGCAGUUCUGCAGCCCCAAGAUUGCAGUCAUGGACAGGAAAUGCCCUAUUGCCUUUCCACAAAUUCCUCUUCUUUCAAUAUCUCAUCUUUUCAUCAAACAACAGCACAACCUCCUGUUUUGAAUAUCAGUACUUUCUAGUGAUUUAGUUGCUAAUAAAAAUGUGAUAAUGUUAUAUUUUUAUGUGACGUAUAAAUUUUGAGUUGUGUAAUUGUAUUCUUCUCUGUUCUUUCUUACUCUUGUUUCAGGAGAUACCUUUGCUACCCUAGCCUUUAUUCAAAUUUCAUUUUCUUUUCUAUUAUGAGACCAUGCCAGUAAUUUGAAGAAGAAAACUUGAUUUUUUUUAUAGUAGGUCACAAGUCUUUGAAUGAUUAUUAAAGUUAGAAUAAGAACAAGUCUUUAAAAUGUACUAACUCCUCUCAAAUUAUAUUUUCCUCCACCUAAUAUGUGAGCCAAUACAUUGUUCUCUGAAAUGAAAUGGAAUGUAAGAUUGAAAUUCUUUAUAUCAUCAUUUAAAAUUUUCAAGAUCUAGGCUUUAGAAGAAAAGGAAAAAAAAAAGCAAAGGCCAACAAAGUAGCUAAGAUGGAAAUACCCACUGUUACACCUCCUUUUCAGUAAAUUGAUAAAAUAAACUGAAUUACUGCAAUAGCCUUCUGCUUUGUUAA